AUGCAGACAAACAGGGUGCGGCGGAACAGGAACACUUUUUACUUGCCCAAAGAUGUGGUCAGAGACAUUCUGUUGAGGCUGCCAGUGAAGCCCUUUGUUCGAUUGAGUCAAGGAGUUAAAAGCCAUACCAUGGCCUUGACAUCGAGAAAAGCGCUCGAUGUGGCGGUCCAGAUAGCAACUCCAGAAGAAGAAUGCGGGCGUAUUGGAAUGGUGGGUUCUUGUAAUGGUUUAGUAUAUUUAUAUCGUGGGUGGAGGGUUGAUAUGUUAUGGAAUCCUAUUACUACAGAAAACAAGAUUUUGCCCACACCUCUCAUCGAUGAUCCCACCUUCUGGAAUAAAGAGAUAAUGAGAGUCUCCGUAGGAUUUGGCUACCAUUGUAAUCAUUGUAAUGAUUACAAGGUGGUGAGGAUUGUGUAUUGUAGUGAUUGUGCCAACGUUGAGGUGUACUCGACAAGUAAGGGUUGUUGGAGAGUGAUCGAUUCCAUUGUGCCAUGUGAGAGCAAGCAGCGUACGUGUUCAGUAAUCCUCAAAGAAGUGCCAUAUUGGCUGGGUUCUGCUUCUGGCAAACAGUUUGUCUUGUCUUUUGACAUGGGCAAAGAGGUGUUUUGGCAGGUGCUUGUGCCCCCAGAUCCUAACCGUUCUUACAAGAGUCUUGGGGUAUUCAAUGGAUCCCUGGCUAUAAUCUACUAUCCUUGCCCUGAAGACUUAGUCUGCACUUUCAUUGAUUUUUGGGUGAUGAAAGAUGACGAAAGUUGGAGCAAAGUAGUGAGGAUUGGACCCUUUUUAGGUAUGGGGUUCCCGCUCGGGUGUUGGGAAGAUGGGGUUGUCAUAUGGGAGCAGGGCGAUUACGGAAGGUUGUUAGUGUAUGACCCCAUUACCAAAUCAGUAAAGUGA